AUGGAAGUCACCAAGAAAGUGGGGGGCCCUGAUCCAUCGGGCCCCCAGGGCCACCCCUUGGCUGGCAGCCAGCAGCUGGGGGGUGGCCUUAGAGGGUCCCAGGGAACAUGGAUAAACUCAGGAUCUAUAUACUUGAGGCAGGGGGUGUCAUUGUCCACCGAGGCCAUCACCAAUGGGGCCUAUGGCCCAGCCUCCCAGGCCCACACCCCUGAGCCCAAUCACCAGCAUCUCCGGGACACUGCUGAGGUUAGCUCCCAAUGUGGCUGUGAGCGGGCCUCCCAGGAUGUCCUAAGACUCUCCUCCACUAGCCCGUUUCCAAGCCCCAUCGUGGGAGCUCAAACUCAUCUCGUCAUGGAGAACAGGACCCUGACCCUACCCGUGUGCACGCGUGGUGAUGGUACCAGUGACAUGGCCCAGCAUGGACUCUGCUGCUCCCGGCUUCAGGUGCAGGUUUCGGGGGAGGGCAAGGCUCCAGCUAAGGUCCUAGUGGGCUGGGGCAAAGGCCCCUGCAGCCCUGACCAGAUAGCCCCGUUGGGCAUUAGGAAGAGCCGAUGGCUACCCUAUUUUCUUUCAGGGGAGGAUGGCUCAGCUGCAACCCAAGGUCCUCUACCACCUCUAGCCCAAAAUCAGGGUCAGGGCAAGUGCCCAUGUCUGGCUCAGGCUCCUCCAACUCCAACUCAGGCAAAUACUCCAGCUCUGGAUACAACCCCAACGUCAGCAGCAGUUGAAACUUACACCUGCAACCUUGACCGCUUGACUGAUACCAAUACUGUCACCAAGGGCAUGUCCCAAGACCUCUUAGCCAAGAAAUGUGACAACCAAUGGCCGAUCCACAUAGAGUCUUCCAAAGGAGUCACAUCCUGCCAAAACAAAGAGAACUCCUAUUCUCAGGAUGAGCCUCCCACCACAGUACCCAUUCUGGAAGAGUUCCCAGCCCAGGUCCAGGAGCUUGAGGUUGCCAGAAGGCCAGUGUUACCCAAGCUGCCUGAGCACCAAGUGGAGAAGCCCCUGGCCUGUACCUCCAGGCCAGGCAGCCCCAAAGCAGGCUCAGAGCCCCCAGGAACCCCUAAGUCCCAGAGGGUUGACCACAAUAUCCGUGGCUCUCAGCCAGGUCAGCAGCCCCUCAAUGUUUGCAGCAACACCUGCUCCAAUGUGCCGCUGUCUGCCUAUCAAGUAAACAGCCAAAAGCAGUCCUCAGUACAGUCUCCCAGGGAAGCCAUGCAGGUACCCCCCUCCAGUGCCCCUACCUGCCAGCUUCGGGAUGCUGUGGAAGACCGUGUGCUGGUGUUUGAUAUGGCCACAGGCAACACCAGGAUGGGGCUGCUGUGCCAUGACCCCAUGGGCUCACGGGCCGUGCUCGUGGGCCUCGUGCCCAGCCACCCAUCCCUCUAUGCCUCUGAAAAUAUGCUGUCCACCCGGCUGUUGCCCAUGCCCAUCUUCUCUCCUGACAGCAAUCGCUCCAGCUUCUGGUCCACCGCGCCCAUGGUGUCCAGUCCUGUGCCCUCCAGCCUUUCAUCUGGAAGCUACCGAGAGGUGGCCCUCGUUCCCAAAGAGGCCAGACUCAACUUGGAGUCUCGGGGUUCCCCUGGUACUGAGACACCUAUCAGGAUGGGUAUGCUCACUGGGCCUGGUCCACUGGGAAUGCCCCUCCAAUUUGGAGAGAGGACACUGAGCCAUGCCCAUGAUCCUAGCUGGUCCCAACCUGCUGCUGAAAAAAAUGAGGCUAGUCACACCAUCUGGAUGCUGGAGACCCCCAAGGUGCAGGACACCUCUAUGGUCCAGGCCAAGAAACAGCAGUGGGCAAACUCAGAGCAGGCCCCAGAGUCUGUACCAUCAGCCAAAAUCCAGGAGGUGCCCAGACCCGUGCUCCAGGAGGAUAUAGGCCACCACACUCAGAAAGGGGUCAUUAGCUCUCACUCUGACAACCCUCAGGUCAAAGGCACUGGGAAGGCCCCCCUUGCUUGUCAGCCCCCAUUAGCUGAGCAGUAUCCCCUCUCAAGACAGCCCCCUUCAACCGGUCAGCCUCCCUCCACAGAGCAGUCCCCCUCUGCCAAGCAGCCCCCUCUUCCUGAUCAGCCCCAUUUCAUUGGGACCCCUAUGUCCAGGCAGCUUUCUUUCACUGGGAAGCCUCCCCUCUCCCAAAAACAUCCCAUCCCCUACGAGCCCACCUUCUCAAGAGGGCUCCCCACCGCUAGGGACCCUGGUCAAGCCUCCACCCUGUGCCAGGAAGGUGAGGCUUCAGGCCCGCCUACCCGGUCGGCAGUACAUCAGGUGCCCCUGGCCCCUGAAGAGACUUGUGUCUAUGCAAACAGAGAAAAGGUUGGUGCUAGUGCUGCUCAAAGCUCCAGCACACAUCAGCUCGCAUCCUGGCAGCCUGGCAGCUCCCCCAGGGUGCAGGAGGAGCAGCUUUCCUUGAUCACAUUCACUACACCCAGCGUUGGUUGCAAGGUCUUGCCCAUGGCCAUGGUGGGCAAUGAGCCCCAGGGCCCCCGGUUCAAGCUGACAGCUGAGGACAUUACACACUCGCCAGUGGUCACCCACCUUGGCCUGCUCCAGGGGGCCUGCUAUGAGCUGGUCCCAACCGUGGAUGCUCUACCGGUACAGUCCCCAGUGCUCUGCCGCCACUCACUGGGCCCCUACCAGGACAUGGCAGCCGUGGUGAUUGAUACAGGCACAGGCUUCACCAAAUGUGGACUGGCUGGAGAGGACCAUGUCCUCGGUGUGGUGCCCUCACGUGUCCAGCUGCUGCAGCACCCAGUCCAGGGCCAGCCCAGGUAUGCGGUGCCUGAGAACCGAGAGGGCUCCUACUCUGUGCUGAAUCGAGGAGUGGUCUCCGACUGGGAUGCACUGGAGGUGCUGUGGCAGCACCUGUUUUAUUGCAGGCUGGGUGUGCAGCCUGAGGAACUGGCUGUGCUUGUGGCCGACUCACCCAUCUCACCACGCACAAACCGAGAAAAGGUAGCUGAAAUACUCUUUGAGCGGUUCCACGUGCCAGCCAUGCAGACAGUGCAUCAGGCCCUGCUGGCACUCUAUGCUUAUGGACGAACCACUGGGCUGGUGCUGGGCAGUGGCCAUGGCACCUCCUAUGUGGCGCCCAUCAUCACAGGGGAUCUGGCCCCACUUGACACCUACCGGCUGGAUGUGGCCGGUGCUGACCUCACAGAGUACCUGGCUCAGCUGUUGCUGGCAAGUGGCCACUCACCGCUCAAGGCAGGGCUAGUCAACCAGAUUAAAGAGGCCUGCUGCUAUGUGGCCAUGGACAUGACGGCUGAGAUGGCCCGGGCCCAGGCCCAGGCCCAGGUGGACUUUGUGCUUCCCGACAAGCAGGUCAUCACGCUAGGCUCUGAGCGCUUCUGCUGCCCCGAGGCCCUUUUCCAGCCCAAUCUGCUAGGCCUCAAUCAGCCGGGCCUCCCACAGCUGGCCCUCCUAAGUAUGAGCCGGCUGGAGGCCAAGCAGCGGGAGCAGCUGCUAGCCAAUGUGGUGCUGGACGGUGGCAGCACCCUGUUGAGUGGCUUUCCUGAGCGACUGAGACAGGAGCUGGGCCCUGGGGCCACUGUGCUGGGCUCUCCGCACCGUGCUGUUGCUGCUUGGCUCGGAGGCUCCAUCAUGGCGUCCCGGAACUCCUUCCAGAGCCUGUGGCUCAGCCGCCAUGAGUAUGAGGAGGAGGGCCCAUGGGCCAUCUACAAGUACCAUCUGUGA